AUGUCAAAGCCUGUUCAGAGAAAGAAACAGCAGCAGCAGCAGCAGCAACAGCCACCAGCACAAGAGGCAUCCAAGACUCAGGUAACAGAGCUCAAUCCCAAGACUAAGCAUUAUGAAUUUGGUGGUCCAAUUGGCGCUGUAGGCAUGAUUGUCUUAUUGCCUAUGCUCGUGCUUUUCUUUGCUACAUGUUGUGAUUCAACCGGCUAUCCCUCAAAGGCAUUCAGAGACGACUGGAAAUCUGCCCUCGCUUCCAAGUUCAGUGUCGAUUUCUUAAAGUCAUUGUGGGAUCCUUAUGCCUUCAUGGUCUAUGUUGCCUUUGUUACUGUAUUGGCCGUCUUUUAUGUUAUCUUGCCAGGAGAUUACAUUCCCGGUACAGUGCUUAGAAAUGGCAAUAGAUACAAGUACAGAAUGAAUGGCUUCGCAUCUUUCCACUCCCUCAUUUUCGGUGCACUCUAUUUUUUGAAGGAUUCUGGAUUGAAACCACUCGAAUUUGCCUACGACCACUAUGUUGGAUUAGCAUUUGCCUCCAUUAUUUUUAGUUAUGCUAUUUCAUUGGGCUGUUAUCUCGGCAGUUUUGGCGAAAAUAAGAUGUUAGCAUUGGGAGGAAACACUGGCAACCCCAUCUACGACUUUAUGAUUGGCAGAGAACUGAACCCUCGCAUUGAAAGCUUCGACAUCAAGUUUUUUACUGAGCUUCGUCCUGGAUUGAUUGGAUGGUUGGUCCUCAACUACUGUUUGGCAGCUAAACAAUGGAACGAUCUGGGGUACCUCACCAACACCAUGUGCCUUGUCCAGUUCUUUCAAUCUUGGUAUGUCAUUGAUUCUCUCUGGAAUGAGGAGGCUGUCUUAACUACCAUGGAUAUUACUACCGAUGGCUUUGGUUUCAUGCUUGCCUUUGGUCUGUAUACGUGGGUUCCAUUCACUUACACUUUGCAAGCUCGUUAUCUGGUCGAUUUCCCUCGCAGUGUCAGCUGGAUCGAACUUGGUGCUAUCCUUGCCCUCAACUUCAUCGGCUACUACAUUUUCAGAAGUGCCAAUUCCCAAAAGAAUGAGUUCCGUUCCUCCCCCAAUAGCCCCAGCUCGAAGAAGCUCAAGUACAUGCAAACCAAGGCUGGUAGCAAGCUGAUUACCUCUGGAUGGUGGGGCAUGUCUCGUCAUAUCAACUAUCUUGGUGACUGGCUCAUGUCUUUGUCCUGGAGUUUGCCUUGUGGAUUUGCCACUCCCAUUCCUUACUUUUACCCUAUUUAUUUUGGUAUUCUCUUGCUUCACCGUGAGCGUAGAGAUGAUCACAAGUGCAGAACAAAGUACGGUGAAGACUGGGAGAGAUAUUGCAAGCAAGUCAAGUACAGAAUCAUCCCUGGCAUUUACUAG